GAUUUAACCUUUGCGUGCCGGGGGGGCGGCGGGCAGGGGCCGGCGGGCGGUGCCUGGGGCUCGGCGCGGCGCUGGGCUGGGCUCCGGCCGCGGGGAUGAGCGCCUCGGCGGCCACCGGCGUGUUCGUGCUCUCGCUCACCGCCAUCCCCGUCACGUACCUCUUCAACUGCCUGGCGGCCACCGGCAGUUCCUGGGUGAUCGUUGCAGUUGGAUUGCUGGUUCUGGUUCUUAUUGCUCUGUCGGCUCGUGUUCUUGUCAAGAGAAAGCCACCCAAAGACCCACUGUUCUAUGUUUAUGCUGUAUUUGCCUUUACCAGUGUAGUGAAUCUAAUAAUUGGACUGGAACAGGAUGGAAUUAUUGAUGGAUUCAUGACUCAUUACUUGAGAGAGGGUGAGCCGUACCUGAACACCGCCUACGGCCACGUCAUCUGCUACUGGGACGGCUCCGCGCACUACCUGAUGUACCUGCUGAUGGUGGCAGCUAUUGCAUGGGAACAAAGCUAUAGAACCAUUGGUCUGUACUGGCUGGGUUCCAUUAUCAUGAGCAUCAUUGUCUUUAUGCCUGGAAAUAUUGUGGGUAAAUAUGGAGCAAAAGUGUGUCCUGCUAUUUUCCUCAGCAUACCUUAUGUCUGCCUCCCCAUAUGGGCUGGGUUCAGAAUUUAUAACCAACCUUCAGUGACUCACGACACUCCAGUCAAGGUGGUUCAGGAAGUCCAGAAGAAAGGACUUUUAAGACGACCAAUAGAUUUAAUGUUAGCUGCAUACCUCAUUCUAGCCACGGGAUUUUGCAUAUUUAGGGGCAUGAUUGCCCUGGACUGCCCUGCUGAACUCUGCCGGCUGUACAUUCAACUGCACGAGCCCUACAUAAAAGAUCCUGCUGCCUAUCCCAAGCUUCAGAUGCUGGCGUACAUGUUCUACUCGGUGCCGUACUAUGUGAUUGCUCUGUAUGGCCUGCUGGUGCCUGGUUGUUCCUGGAUGCCUGAUUUGACCCUUAUACACGCUGGAGGACUAGCUCAGGCUCAAUUUUCCCAUAUUGGUGCUUCUCUUCAUGCUCGAACUCCUUACAUCUACAGAGUCCCUGAAGAAGCAAAAGAGUUUUUCCUGAUAUUGAACAUAAUGUAUGGGAUUCUUCCCCAGCUGUUCGCUUACAGGUGUGUCAACAAGCCAGAGUUUUUUAUGAAACCAAAACCAGAAGAAAAAACAGAAUAGCAGAACUGUUUCCAGCUCCUGUCCUUGGCUAUGUAUAUAAUUGGGUUGGGAUGUAACUGAACUGCUCAAAUGGAACCCAAAUGAAGCGUGUAAGAUGUGUAAAAUUGCACAACUGUGUAGUCGCACGGUCUGCUUUGUUUAUCCUACUGAAAAAGGGAAAAUAAAGACGCUGCCUUUAGCACCA